AUGGCCAGCCGGCGAGCGGGUUCCUGGGUUAUUUUGGCUGUUCUAUUUUGUUGUCAGUCGAAAUUUGCACAAAGUAAACCAGUUCUUGGUGACCUGUCAAAUUCCGUUGAUCUGGUGAAGUGCUUCAAAAGCUCCAAGAGCUUAGUAAAUGUGGUUAAUGAAACACUUUUGGAGAUAAAGAGCAAUUAUAAGGACUUCAAUUGUUCCUAUGAUGAAAUUGAUAUGAGAAAUGUCAUAGCCAAGGACAAAAUGAACAUACUUACCUCCUGUAUUCCCAGCUCACUAUCCAAGGACCACAUGUGCCAGUCAUUGAACAAAGCAGAAUUUGACGAGGCUAAGUGUCUAAAGGCAAUCCAUGCAGAUCUGAAAGUCUUUAAGGAUGAAUUGCAGGAGUCGACUCCUUCUCUUGAUGCAGCAAUCAGUCAGCUGAUGCAGGAUUUAAAGGUCCAAGAUACUGAAGAAAGCAAUGUCAAAAAAGAACUGUGUUCCUCAUUCGACUGCAAACUUAAGCAGUGUAGGGUGAUCCUGUUUUAUCAGCUUCGCACCAUCACGUUCUCUCGCGUGUUGAACUAUCUGAGGUCUACAUAGACAUAAAGCCAAGAAGGAAAGGCCACAAAAAACAACAGAAGAAGGAAAGGCCACAAAAAACAAUAGAAGAAUCCACAAUUACAGACAGUAAUACUGAUAUUAACUAUACUCUAAUUGUAAUAAUUUCAUUAUUGUAUGAUAUUGUGCUUUUUAUAAGCCACUGAUCUGUUUUCAUUAUCCCUCCCUGGGUAGGACUUUCUUUAGAACAUAUCAAACCAUCUAGAAGGUAAAGGUGGCUAUUUAGACCAAUUGACGGCCUACCCAACCAGUAUCUGGCCAAUAAUUGGUCAGAUGUCAAUUGAGCAGGUUUAAAAAAAAAACAGCCAGUAUGCAUGUUAAUUUGAGGUCAAACCCAGUAGUAAAAGCAAAACAAGUCCAUACAUACUACAUGAUUCGGGUAUAAUCCUGCCUGUGUCUCUGGCAGAACAGAUAAAGAAGUUUAUUAUACUGUUCUUUAUAUAGGUAUCAUAUGUGUUUUGCUUCCUAGGAUGUUGACUUCUUAUCCAGCAUGCUGGGCAGAAGCUUUGAAGUGGAACAAUUUAAUAUGAAACCAAAAAUGUACUUUACGUUUACUCUCGUGGAAGUAAGAAGCUUUCUUACAUACGCAGUGAAAAAGUCAGUACUGGAAAUAAUCAAGUUACUCUUCACUGCCCCCUCUCAGCAAUCUGUCUCUACAGAUGCGGGCUUUGAGUAUUUAUUAAAAUAUAGUUGAAAUGUAUCAUCUAGGCAAAGGAAGAACACACCAAUGAUGUAUUAGAGCCAAGUGUCCAUAAAACAAACAUAAAACCGAAGGAUUCAGAGCCUGUGUGUAGACAGAUUUCUCAAAGGGAAACAGUGAAAAAUAACUUAACGAUUUCAGAAACAGAAAGCUUCUUUCCAUGAGAUGAAGGUAAUGUUACCUCUUUGCUUUCCUAAAAUUCCCCUUUCCCUUUGAUUGCAGCAGACAGUGGGAUGUGCACUGGGAACAGACUUAGUACCGUAAAAUCAGAGAUUAUAAUUGGCUUCCCAACUGACCAAUCUCUUCCAUACAUACAUAACAACUAAACCAGUGACAUAAUACAUCAUCAGCAUAUUCCUACUUGUGCACUCAUUUGCUUGGCCCCAUACUGUACAGUUUAAGCCUGCACCAACUUUACUCAAGUGGAAAAUAAUGGGACAGUCUAUUCAUUCUAACUAAAUAGUGUAUAGGCAUCGGUUUAAGCAACAGUAAGAAAUGUUUUGUAUUCAAAUGAUGGAUAUUAAGCUAUAUUUUCUAGAAACUGAAUUUGGAUGAAAUAACACUGUUAUUUAUUUUAUUUAU